AUGGUUGUGAAUAAAAUUUGGAAGUAUGGGGAUUCGACUACAAAGGUUGAGGCAUACGAUGUGAAUGCCACAACGAUGAGAUUCAGAGUCUCUAAUUUGAAAUCGAGAGAAAAGAUCCUAAGGAGAGGGAUGUGGAACAUUUUCGGAGUUCCAAUGGUGGUAACUAAAUGGACACCAAGAACGGAGGAAGAGAAACAGGAGGAGCAGGCGAUUCCGAUGUGGGUUCAUCUGAAAGGAGUUCCGUUGCAUAUGUUUUCGUGGGAAGGUCUGAGCUUCAUUACAAGUGCAGUGGGGUUUCCUGUGAAGCUUCAUCCAGAGACAUUAGCUUGUACAACCUUCGAAGUGGCUAAAGUCUUUGUCAAUGUGGAUGUCUCUAAAGUGCUACCUAAGGAGAUCAAAUUCUCACAGAAUGGUAAGGAGUUCAUGGUGGAUUUCCACUUCCCGUGGUUACCAUCUCGUUGUAGUUGCUGUGACAAGUGGGGUCAUGGUGAAAGUGUCUGCGUAAUGAAAGGGAAGGCCAAAGAGAGAUCCUCUCCUAGAGCAAAGCAGGACAAGGAGGUAUUAAGUGUAGUUAACAAAGAUAUAAUGGAGGUCGAUGGUUUUGUUGAGAUAAAUGAGGAGAUUGUGUUGGAUAAUUUGGAUAAAGAAGCUGAAACUAUAAGGGAAGAGGAUACAGUGGAGACUACUAAAAAGAUGGAUUCAGAAAAUGAAACUACUGAUCAUGAAGGGAGAGAGGUUUUGAACGAAGGAAGUAACUGGCUAACGGUCUCUCCAGCUAAAGUUGGGCGGUCUCCAGUGCGUUCUGCUCAAAAUGAAGAGGAAGGCGAGAUAUUAGGAGAAACACAACAUAGUGUGGAAGUGAUAGAAAAGGAAGCUAGUGAUCAGAUGGCUACGACAGAAGGAGUAGAAAAGUCGGUCACAAAGGAUAAAUGCAAUGUGACUAAUUACAAAGGGCCAAAGAAAGAUUCAAAAGAGAAGAAAGCUAAGCUGCAGGAUGCAAAUCAGGCAGCUAUGAGCACAAGUCAAGGAGGUCGAAUAUGGUUGGUAUGGAAGGAUUCAGUGCGUAUGACGCCGGUCUAUAAAACGGACCAGCUAAUUACGUGUUCAGUUGCAUUUCAAGAUGAAGAAGAGUUCUUCUGCACUUUUGUAUAUGCGAGUAAUCAGAGAGAAGAGAGAAAGGUGCUGUGGGAAGACUUAUGCCGUCAUCACAACUCUCCUCUCUUUCAACAAAAGGCAUGGUUGAUAAUGGGAGACUUUAACGAAAUACUAGAAGGUGAAGAGCACUCGGAGUUCUCAAGUUUAGCGAGAGCACCUAAUGGCAUGAGGGACUUUCAAAAGACGGUUCUCCAUUGUCACCUCACGGAUAUGGGUUAUAAAGGUCCACUUUUUACUUGGUGCAACAAAAGAGAGGAAGGGCUGAUCUGCAAAAAGUUGGAUAGGGUAUUGAUGAAUGAUGAAGCGCUAAUAAAAUUCACCAAUACUUAUUCAGUAUUUGAGCCGGGGGAUUGUUCUGACCACAUGAGAUGCAAGAUCCAACUGCUUCAACCAGAGGAGAAAAUAAGGAGGCCGUUUAAGUAUAUUAAUGCUAUAGGAAAGCUACCAAACUUUCUACCUAUGGUGAAAGAGUAUUGGGACUCUACUGCGAUACUAUUUCACUCCACCUCAACCAUGUUUCGCUUCUCCAAAAAGCUUAAAAACCUGAAGCCGUUGAUUCGAGAAUUGGGAAGAGACAAGCUUGGGAACCUUACUAAAAGAGCUCAUGAAGCACAUGCUCUUCUUUGUGAAAAGCAGAAGUUAACUCUCAUCAGCCCGACUACGGUAGCAAUCCAGGAGGAAGCCGAGGCUUAUGAUAAGUGGUUACACGUCACAGGGCUGGGAAAAGAAUUUCUACAGCAGAGAGCUAAGCUUCACUGGCUGGAAAUUCCAGCAAGUUAUCAAGGAGCUCUGGUGGAAGAGCUAAAGGAUCUGCUGGACUUUGAGUGUUCUUCUGUGGACUGUCAGGCAUUGGAAGCUGAAGUUACAGAAGAGGAGAUAAUGAAGUCGGUUUUCAAGUUCGGUUUCCUUCCUAAAGGUAUAAACUCGACCAUCCUCGAUCUUAUCCCGAAGAAGGCUGAUUCCAUGGAGAUGAGAGAAUACCGCCCUAUCUCUUGCUGCAACGUUCUGUAUAAGGUGGUCUCAAAAAUCCUCGCGAACCGUCUGAAGCAAAUCUUGCCAAGGAUAAUAUCUGAGAACCAGUCAGCAUUUGUAAAAGGUCGUAUGCUAAUGGAAAAUGUUAUUUUGGCGUCUGAAUUGGUUAAAGACUACCACAAAGAAUCGAUCUCCCCAAGAUGUGUGAUGACGAUAGAUAUUUCAAAGGCUUUCGACUCGGUUCAGUGGUCCUUUUUAGUGAACAGUUUGAAGGCUUUGGGAUUUCCAGAGAAGUUCAUCCAUUGGAUAAAACUGUGCAUCACAACCCCUUCGUUCUCGGUCCAAGUUAAUGGUGAUCUAGCGGGUUACUUUCAAAGCGCAAGAGGUUUGAGACAGGGCUGCUCUCUCUCUCCCUAUCUAUUUGUUAUGUGUAUGAAUGUGCUGACCCUGAAGAUAGAUCAAGCCGCGCAGGAGAAGAAGUUCCGGCUUCACCCAAGGUGUCAAGCUCUGUCUCUGACUUAUCUCUUCUUUGCAGAUGACUUAAUGGUUUUUGUUGAGGGCUCAAAAGAAUCAAUUGAAGGGGCGCUCACGGUCUUUGAUGAGUUUGAAGUAUAG